CUAAAUUUUCGUCCUAAUAGCCCCCCCCAAUUAAAAAAAAAAAAAAACUGGCAUGAAUAAAUCUGAAAAAAUCACCGACAAAUUCUCAUAAAAAUAAAAAAUAAAUAACCGACAAAAUAAAAAAUAAAUAUGGAAUGAAAUCUGAAAACCUAAAUUACAAUUCUCAAAUUUUUACCCUAACCUCACUCUUCCUCCACUCAACCUCAUCAAGUAUCAACGCCUCCUCCACCUCCAGGCUCCAUCACUGCUGCUAAGUGCUCCUGCUGUUCUUUUCCUCAGAUCAGAUCCGGAUUGUUGGUCUAUUACUGCUGCUGCUCCUCCUUAGAUGCUUGAUCACAGUCACACACGAUCAUGAGUAAGUCCACUACAAUAUUAAAUUUUUUCAAAAGAAAAAAUCUAAAUAAUUCCGAAGUCAUAGCUGAUGAUGCAAGAUUGCCAACCCCUAGCGUUGAAUCCGUUGAUGUCCCAGUUUCUGAAAAUCUCCAAACUGAAGUUCCAAAUGUCACCAUUGACGAAAGUACAGGUUUUGUGCGUGAUCCUGGAAUGCGUAAGCAAAUAUGGGAAUAUGAUGCUAAUGAACGAGAUGAAAUUCGAAGAGCUUACAUUAAUCUUGGUCCAUACCAACCUAAACUAGAAGAGUACAAGAAAACUAAAUUCGGAAGGCAUUCUCGUAAAUUUAAACAUUCAUGGUUUGCAAUUGAGGAAUUUAGUCCAUGGCUUGAAUAUUCACCUAGUAAAGAUGCUGCUUUUUGUCUACCGUGCUUUCUCUUUGACAAGCCAACUGGGAAUUCUGGGAGUCAUGUAUUCACUAAAGAUGGAUUUCGGAAUUGGAAGAAAGUUAAUGAUGGAAAUAAUUGUUCCUUUUUGAAUCAUAUGGGGAAAGAACCUAACUCUUUUCAUAGAGCUUCCGAGCAAGCGAUGACAGAUUUGAUGAACCAGUCUCAACACAUACAAAAGGUACUUGAAAAUUUCAAUUCUGAUCAAAUUGCAAGCAAUCGAUUGCGGUUAAAGGCCUCAAUUGAUGUUGUCAAAGUGCUUGCAUUUCAAGGACUUGCUUUUAGAGGACGAGAUGAAAGUUCUGAUUCAAUUAAUCGUGGGAAUUUUCUUGAAAUAUUGGAUUUGGUGGUAUCAUAUAAUGAAUAUGUUGCAGAAGCGAUAGAGAAAGCUCCUAAAAAUGCCUCUUACAAAUCACCAAAAAUCCAAAAGGAAAUUUUACAUGUAUUUUCAAACAAGGUGAAGAAGGCAAUUCGUGAAGAAAUUGGUGAUGCAAAGUUUUGCCUAAUUGUUGAUGAAGCUCGUGAUGAGUCAAUGAAGGAGCAAAUGGCUAUUGUUAUAAGAUUUGUAGACAAAGAUGGUUUUGUUCGAGAACGUUUUUUUGGGGUGGUUCAUAUCCCCGAUACUACGGCAUUAACCCUAAAAGAUGAAAUAUAUUCUAUCUUGUCACAUCAUAGUCUAGAUAUUCAAGAUAUUCGAGGGCAAGGAUAUGAUGGUGCAAGCAAUAUGCGAGGUGAGUGGAAUGGAUUAAAAGCUUUGGUUUCAAAUGAUUGUCCAUAUGCUUACUACAUUCAUUGUUUUGCACAUCGUUUGCAAUUAGCAUUAGUAGCAGCAUCAAAAGAAGUUAUUCUUGUUCAAAGUUUUUUUAAUAGAUUAUCAUCUAUUGUCAAUGUUGUUGGUGCUUCAUGCAAGCGUACUGAGCAACUAAAAAAAGCUUAUGCUGAUCAAAUUGCAUAUUUUGUUGAAAUUGGUGAGCUUGAAACUGGAAGAGGACUUAAUCAAAUUAGCACAUUACAACGGGCUGGAGAUACUCGUUGGGGUUCUCACUUGAGAUCGAUUUCUAGCUUGGUAAAUAUAUUUAGUCCAACAUGUGAAAUUUUACUUAAGAUCAUCAAGGAAGGAAAUACUACUUCCCAACGAGAAGCAGCAUACUCAUGUUAUCAUGCUAUGAUUUCUUUUGAAUUUGUGUUCAUUUUGCAUCUCAUGAAAGAAAUUAUGAAGAUCACUGAUGCACUUUGUCAAGCUUUGCAGUGUCAGUCUCAAGACAUUUUAAAUGCGAUGAAUUUUGUUUCAUCCACUAAAGCACUUAUUCAAAAAUUCAGAGAUGAAGAGUGGGAUAAUUUACUUACCACUGUGAAAUCAUUUUGUGAGGCACGUGACAUAGAUGUCCCAGAUAUGAAUGCUCGUUAUGUUGAGAGAGGAGGUCUAGCUCGUUAUCAACAAGAUGACUUCACAAUUGAGCAUCAUUAUCGGGUAGAUAUUUUUUAUGCUGCAAUAGAUUCUAUACUACAAGAAUUAAAUCAUCGGUUUAGUAAGCAUGCGGUGGAAUUGCUUAAUCUUAGUUCAGCUCUUGAUCCUAAAGAGGCACGUGAGUCCUUUAGAAGUAUAGACAUUUUGUUGUUAGUAAGCAAGUUUUAUCCGAAAGACUUCACAAAUCAAGAAAUGACACUUUUAAAGGCAGAAGUUGAUCAUUAUGAGCACAAUGUAGUUCGACAUCCAGACUUCAAGAAGCUAUCAAGUAUUUCUAAGUUGUGCCAAUGGUUGGUAAAAACCCGAAAAUCAUUAUUUUACCCAUAUAUUUAUAGAUUGAUUACACUUGUGCUUACUCUUCCAGUUUCUACUGCAACUACAGAGCGAGCAUUUUCAGCCAUGAAUAUUAUCAAGAAUAGGCUUCGCAACAAGAUGGAAGAUGAUUUUCUAAUGGACUCUAUGAUUUUGUACAUUGAGAAGGAGAUUGCUGCAAAAUUUGGUACAGAAUCAAUUAUAGACGACUUUCGAGACUUAAAAGAGCGUCGAGUUCCAUUUUGA